GCUUUUCCUUCCGCCGGGAUCGGGGAUCAUCCCACAUCCACCAUACUCAAUUCACAACGUUCAUUUACAUUGGCUGGAGACUCGUAGUGGCUUCAAUGGAUGCUGUGUGAUAUACAAUCAUUCUCUGCAUUGCUCUAGAUCAGUUUGUCCACUCAAAGACACCAUACACAUUCCCUCCACUCUGUCUUUACCACCAUCUAUACUUCCUUCCGAAUCCUCCGAUAACCGAAAUUAUCUAUAUCAUACAAGAACCAAAGAGAAGCACAAAAGCAUUUAUUUUCAUAAGUCAGCAUGCCAUACAUCAACACAGACCCCUGCUCCAAACCCAAUCCUUCUCCGAACAAUGGGUUCGAGAAUCUCGUCCAAGAUCUAAGUGACGCUCUGGGUCCGAGCUCGGGUCUAGAUUCCGAUGACAUUGAUCCAAUGGACAUUCUGCGCUUAAUGGAACGCUAUGACUCGAAUCCAAAUGAAUGGCUCCCCUUUGCGCUGGGGGACUCGAAAAAGAAUUACACAAGGAAUCUCAUCGACGAGGGCAAUGGCAAGAGCAAUCUGCUCAUUCUGGUGUGGAGUCCAGGAAAGGGAAGCGCAAUACAUGAUCACGCUAAUGCACACUGCGUCAUGAAGAUCCUGAAAGGCUCUCUAAAAGAAACACUCUACGCCUGGCCAGACCAAGGCAAGCUUCAAAAUGGAGAAUCCUCUCCACCGCAAAUAAAAAAGGAGACUAUAUACGGUGAGAAUCAGGUUACGUAUAUGUCCGACAAGCUGGGCCUUCAUCGAAUCUCGAACCCAGACCCUAAUGAUUAUGCCGUAUCGUUGCAUCUAUACACGCCUCCUAACGCGGCAACGCACGGCUUCUCCAUCUUCGACGAUAAGACCGGCAAGGCCUGUCAUAUCAAAACGUCGCAUGUUUAUUCGGUUCGGGGAGAGCGGUGUUGAUUGGAGUGACUGUUUGUUUUUUUCUUAUUUAUACCACCCCUACUUAUUCCUAGCAUGAUAAUUGCGUUCAAUUGUAUGGCGUCUUGUCGUUCGAUAGCCUUAUGCUGUUUAUGAAAUAGACUAGACGAGGGCAUGUAAAUAGUAUUCUUAGAAGGUUAAGACUUGCUGACUGGAAGCGAGA